UUAAUUUAGUCCGCCCUACAGACAACCUCAGAUUUCAAAUGUCUCCGAUGAAUUUUUUCAAGCGAAGAAAAAGUAAAAGUGAGAGACAGAGGAUGGGUAAAGUUGCAGUUGGAAUUGAUCUUGGUACAACUUACUCCUGUGUGGGAGUUUUCCAACAUGGAAAAGUUGAAAUCAUUGCCAAUGACCAGGGUAACCGAACCACUCCCAGCUAUGUUGCUUUUACUGAUUCUGAAAGACUUAUCGGGGAUGCUGCUAAGAACCAAGUUGCCAUGAACCCAACAAAUACUAUCUUUGAUGCGAAGAGGUUGAUUGGAAGAAAGUUUGAUGAUGCCAAUGUUCAAAGUGACAUGAAACACUGGCCUUUCAAGGUAAAUAUCUU